UGUGCGCAUCGAACGUUUUGGUUACCGACGCGAGCGCCGAUGUCCAUCGCCGCCAUCUUAGCCUUCGCCUCAUGGUUUUAUGUCGGUGUUUACGGUGAAAUCAACAUGAGUCUUCGUUGUGCCAUGUUAUUUGCUAUUUAUUUCUUUGGCCUCAUCAUUUCAUUAGAUGCUUUGCCCCGACCAAUAGAAAAUUUAAAAACGAAGCUUGGUAGUUAUUAUUUCCAAAAUUGUUUUGAAAAAACGGAUUUACAAAACUGGCCUCCUCGCGGAUACAACUUGCACCCAAACUAUCUCAAUGCGGUCUUCGCUGCAAGAGCAUUAUUAGUAGCCGGCAAAUUUGAUGAUGGACGUCAAGCAUUAGUCAGUGCAACAAAAGCUAUGGUUAUCGACAGACCAGACCUGACCGAAUACAAACAGUUGCCACUAGUGGAAUUAUUAUUUGAAGUGCCGGGACCUCGUUGUCUGCAAAAUUUAGAAGAGAUCGUCGAAUCGUUUGUGAAUGACGUAGCAGAGGAAAAAAAGAAAAGAAAAUUUAGAUAAUUUAGAACAU